AUGAACUGGGGUAACACACACUGGGUUGGUCUGCUCAUCAAUCUACGCCUCGCAACCAUAGAGAUUUACGAUUCUUACAAAACCAUAGCAGAGACAGACCAGCAAGUUGCUGACCACAUGGAACCUCUUCUAGUUUCACUGCCCUGGGUGAUGAAGCGGUACUUGCCAGCGGAAAUAGCUGACUCCAUCUCAACCGCUGCGUACACGUGGAGGCGGGUGGACGGGAUAUACCAGAACUUGCGGAGCGGUGACUGUGGACCGUGUGCAAUGAAAUUCCUCGAGAUGCACGCUGCGGGAAUUGACGUCGACGACAUGGGGAAGCUCACAGACAAAGACGUCGAUACGUUUCGUGCCAUAUACGCAAUGGACUGCUACGAAGAGUUUGUAGGGGAUCCAGUUGUGGUUAACAAAUGA